UUCUACUCUUUCCCAACCAGACCAAUCUCAGCCGAGGGGAGACAAAUCAUUUCUCCAAAAAGUCUGGAUCUAAUUUAAUUCUUUUUGUCCGUGAUUGUCACUUUUCUGUUUGUGGUUUCUCUGUUGUUCUGAAAAAAAUGAUGAACGCUGACGAGAUAAAGAACGUGGAGAGCGAGUACAUCAAGAGGCACCACGUUCACGAGCUUUUGGAGAAUCAGUGUAGCUCGACGCUCGUUAAGCACAUCAAAGCUCCUCUUCAUCUCGUGUGGUCACUUGUGAGGAGAUUCGAUCAACCACAAAAAUACAAGCCGUUUAUUAGUAGGUGUGUGGUCAAAGACAAGAAGCUAGAGAUUGGUUCAGUAAGAGAAGUAGAUGUGAGAUCUGGACUACCCGCUACUAAAAGCACGGAGAUAUUAGAGUUUCUUGACGACCAUCAACAUGUCCUCAGCAUCAGAAUCGUCGGUGGCGAUCACAGACUCAAGAACUAUUCCUCAGUCAUUUCGUUACAUCCGGAGACAAUUGAAGGAAGAGAAGGGACAUUGGUCAUCGAGUCUUUUGUGGUGGACGUGCCUGAGGGUAACACAAAGGAAGAGACUUGCUUUUUCGUGGAGGCUCUGAUUCAAUGCAAUCUCAAAUCUUUAGCAUAUGUGUCUGAGCGUCUAGGAGGUGAAUCUGUGGCCGAGACCGUAUGAUGGCAACUCUAAGAAUAAUCUUUUCAAAG